AUGGCGGAUAUAGGCACUAUGACGGAGUACCCGAGUCUCUUCAGAUCGGAGAAAAUGAGCUUGGUCCAGCUCCUUGUCCCGACUGAACUUGCUCAUGACACCGUAGUCGAGCUUGGAGAACUCGGGAAUGUCCAAUUCAAAGAUCUGAACCCAGAAGUCAAUCCAUUCCAGCGUUCAUUCGUCGGUGAAAUCCGCCGUGUUGACGAAAUGGCUCGCCGCGUUCGAUUCUUCAAUGCCCAAAUCGAAAAAGAUAAUCAGCAGUAUCCUACAUCACCUGUUCCUGUCCGUUCCUUGGGCGACUCGGCUCCGCUUGCCACCGUGGGACCUCGCGCAAGCCAGACACGCGAUGAGCUCGAUGUGAUCCUUGCAGAACACGAGUCACGUCUAUUGCAGAUGAAUGAGAGCUACACAACACUGAGCACUCGUCAGCGUGAAUUGGUCGAGGCACGCCAUGUGCUCCGCGAGACCGCGGUGUUUUUCGAUCGAGCCGGCACUAUCCAGCCUGAUAUUCGCACAUCGUUCGACGAUGGGACCCAGCCUCUUCUGCAGGACGAUGCUGAAGCCAAUGCUGCAGCUUCUGGUCCCGUCCAAUUCGACCUCGAGUUCGUUGCUGGGACAAUUGACCGAGCACGUUUGCCCACAUUUGAACGUAUUCUCUGGCGUGUGCUCCGUGGUAACCUCUACAUGAACCACACGGAUAUUGCCGAGCCAUUUGUCGACCCCAAUACUCUAGAGGAGACUCGCAAGAAUGUGUUCGUAGUAUUCGCCCAUGGUGCCACUCUUCUCGCCAAGAUCCGCAAAGUCAGCGAGGCUCUUGGAGCUACUCUCUUCCCCAUUGAUUCGAACUCUGACCGCCGCGUCACUGCACUGCGCGAGGUCGAGGGACGCCUUGAGGAUGUUCAACAAGUUCUUGCCAGCACCAAGUCCACUCGUCGUGCCGAGCUCGAGCGUAUUGGCGAUAGCAUCGCCACAUGGCGCGACUUUGUUCGGAAGGAGAAGAAGGUAUACGAGACGCUUAACCUCUUCUCCUAUGACCCACGCCGCAAGACCCUUGUGGCCGAAGGCUGGAUUCCUGCUCGCGAUGGUCCGGCAAUUCAGGCUGCUCUUCGCCGCGCUGCUGAUAUGGCUGGCACUCAUAUGUCCCCUAUCAUGCACACUUUGGAGGGAACCAAGCCACCCACCUUCCACAGGACCAACAAGUUCACCGAAGCUUAUCAGACUAUCAUCGACAGCUACGGUAUCGCAGCUUACCAGGAAGUCAAUCCUGGUUUGUUUACGGUGAUCACAUUCCCGUUCCUGUUCGCCGUCAUGUUCGGUGAUCUUGGGCAUGGAUUUAUUGCGUUUGCGGCGGCCUUGGCUAUGAUCAUGUUCGAGAAGAAGCUCAUGAGGGCGGAUUUGGGCGAGAUUAUUGGUACAUUCUUCUACGGUCGUUAUAUUAUCAUCCUCAUGGGGGUGUUCUCCAUGUUCACUGGCCUCAUAUAUAACGAUAUCUUCAGCAAGUCUAUGCACUUUUGGCAUUCCGGGUGGGACUGGCAUCAAGGCCAGGUCGAGGCCCGCUCAAAUGGGCAUGUAUACCCCAUCGGUUUGGAUCCCGGUUGGCAUGGCGCAGAGAAUGCUCUGGUGUUUACCAACUCCUACAAGAUGAAGAUGUCUAUUAUCCUGGGUGUUAUUCACAUGUCUUUCGCUAUUUGCCUUCAAGUCCCUAACCACCUUCACUUCAAGAAGAAGCUCAAUAUUUGGACCGAAUUCGUUCCCCAAAUUCUGUUCUUGCAGUCCAUCUUUGGCUAUCUUGUUGUUUGUAUUAUCCUCAAGUGGGUCACCGAUUGGACAACUUCGCCCGUCCCACCUCCCGGACUUCUCAACAUGCUCAUUUUCAUGUUCCUUUCACCCGGUGCUCUUGGUGCAAAAGAUGAGAAUGGCAACUUGAUCGGCGAACCCGAGAUGUUCCGUGGCCAAGGAGUAUUGCAGAUCUUCCUACUUCUCUUGGCCGCAAUUUGUGUCCCUUGGAUGCUUUGCGUCAAGCCUUAUUUGUUGUGGAAGGAACACAAGCAAAAGGAGGGUGCUGGGUACCGCACUAUCUCUGGCGAAGAAGCAAACGGAAAUGGCCGAAACAGCACUGACUUGGCCGAUGAGGAGGAAGGCAGAGCCAAUGGUGGUGAUCAUGAUGGCGGCGACGGAGAACAUGAGGGCUUCGAGUUUGGUGAAAUCGCUAUCCACCAGAUUAUCCAUACGAUCGAAUUCUGUUUGGGUUGCAUUUCCAACACGGCUUCUUACCUUCGUCUCUGGGCGCUCUCCCUUGCACACGCUCAGCUUAGUGAGGUGUUGUGGGACAUGACGAUCUCUGGUGCCCUUGCCGACACCGUGGUUGGAGUCGGUGGUGCUAUCACCCUCUUCUUCAUGUUUGGUGUCUGGUUCAGUCUUACUAUUUUCAUCCUUUGUAUCAUGGAGGGUUUGUCUGCAUUUUUGCACGCACUCCGUUUGCACUGGGUGGAGGCCAAUGGCAAGCACUAUAUGGCUACUGGACACCCAUUCACCCCUCUCUCAUUUGCCAUUACAGAGGGUAGUGAUAUCUAA